AUGGGAAAAGCUAGAAAUGCGACAGCAGGCGAAACCGUUCAUCAGUACCGCUUCGAUGAUCCAACGGUAUGCAAAUAUCUUUUGGUCGAAUUUUGUCCACAUGAUUUAUUCGUUAACACACGUGCUGAUUUGGAACGUUUUUUAAAAUCAUUAUUGGCAGAUGUUGAAAGAAAAAUUAAACGGGGAAUCGAUCGGUUACGUUUAACACAAGGUGAAUCUGUAAAUAAUAAUCUCGAAACAAGUGAUGGAAAGGCCGAGCAAUUAGGUUGCAAUGGAAAAAUUGAUGAAGCACAAGCAGUUUUAGAAGAGUGCGAACAAUUGAGAGCCGAACGCGAAAUGAAGACUACGGAAGUAUGUAAUGUAUGUGACUCUUUUUUGAUUGUUUGUGAUGUUCAAUGUCGGAUUGAAGAACAUAUAAAUGGAAAACAACAUGUUGGCUACGCAAGAAUACGUAGUACAUUAGAAGAAUUACAUCAGAAACGAUUACAGUCGCUCGAGAAAGAUCAUUCUAAUAGAUCAAUAACAGCUGUUUCAUCGGCUGCAUCCAUAACAGAGAGAGAGCACGUCUGUCAUGGAUCUAGCGAAGAGCGACAUAAAAGAAAACAUUAUUCAACACCAGAUGAAAAAACCAACCAUCACCAUUUAUUGACAUCCAGCACCAAGCGUCAUAAAGUUUCUUCAAGCUCUCCGUCUUAUCACCAUAAUUCAAAGAAACAUCAUCACAGUAGUGAAAGUAAAGAAGAGCAGUAUGUAUGA